AUGGCCAUUACAAUUCUACCUCCUGUGGUAGAGGACCUCGGUCCAUACAAAAAUGACUCUGAUUCCGACGAUGACAUGUCAAACAACUCAGACUCCGACGUUGAAAUGGGCGGCGUCUCUCUACAAAAAAAGCGUUCCCCCUUCGAUAGCACUAAGCUUGGAUCCAAAUUUGUGACCCCAGGUGAAGUCGUACAUGACGAUCCCCAGUGGAUGAGAGGCCACGGAACCUACACAACUCCUCUUUCAACAUCUAUUAUUGCCACUGUCGCUGGUAAUGUUGUACAAACCAACAAACUGCUCUCCGUACAGCCACUUAGAGCCCGAUACACUCCUGAAAUCGGCGAUCUUGUCGUCGGCCGCAUUGUCGAAGUACAAUCAAGACGAUGGAAAGUCGACAUUGCAGCCCCACUCCUUGCACAACUUCCUCUAUCCGCGAUCAACUUGCCCGGUGGUAUUCUGCGCCGACGAACAAGCGCCGACGAGCUUCAAAUUCGGACAUUUUUCAACGAGGGAGACCUGGUUAUCGCCGAGGUACAAAGUGUGCACCAAGAUGGAUCGGCAUCCUUGCACACACGAUCUCUCAAGUACGGUAAGUUGAGAAAUGGCGUUUUCCUUGCUGUGACUGGAACUGGAGGCGGCGGCGCACGAUCAAAUCUGUCGAAAGGUGGUGUGGAUUCUUCAUUGGCGGUUCCCGGAUCAGCUAGUGGGACAGGAGGUGUCGUUCGAUCUCGACGACAGGUCUGGACUCUUCCCACAGCUCAUGGUGGGGGUGAAGUCGAUGUGGUUCUCGGUGUGAAUGGGUAUAUUCAUAUAUCGAAACAUGCAGAUGGAGAGGCAGCGGCCUCGUCAACUACGGAAAAUGUGUCGAUUAACCGUAUGGAAGAGCUCGUUUCUAGUUCGAUCUACUCUAGCCAGAAUGAUGAGAUUCAUCCACAGACUCGACGAGAGAUUGCCCGCUUGACACAGAGCAUUCAAGUUCUUGUCCAAAGUGGUGUGCGGGUGGAUGAGGACACUGUGACGGGUGCUUACAACGCAAGUCUACAAGUGGAUCUGGAAGUGGGCGAUGAUGAAGAUGAGGACGAAGGCCGGGAGUAUUUGGAAGGCAUGAAGGCCCGACGAAUUAUAGAGUUGGUGGUCAAGGGAAAUUAA